AUGGGGGGUCGUGUUGGUGUCAAGUACAACAGCGUCAAUGAGGGUGAAGAGCGUAAGGGAGGGCAUGGCAUCCCCAAGGUUUCCAUGGUACCCCUCAUAUUCCUCAUAUUCUAUGAAGUUUCAGGGGGUCCCUUUGGGAUUGAGGAUAGUGUCAAGGCUGCUGGGCCACUACUAGCAAUCGUGGGCUUUCUUCUGUUUGCGCUCAUAUGGAGCAUUCCAGAAGCUCUAAUCACUGCUGAGAUGGGCACAAUGUUCCCAGAGAAUGGUGGUUAUGUUGUCUGGGUUUCUUCAGCUCUUGGUCCGUUCUGGGGUUUUCAGCAAGGAUGGGCAAAGUGGCUCAGCGGUGUCAUAGAUAAUGCCCUCUAUCCAGUUCUUUUUCUGGACUAUGUCAAGUCCAGUGUUCCGGCUCUUGGAGGUGGGCUCCCAAGGACCUUAGCAGUGCUUAUCCUCACAGUUGCGCUUACAUAUAUGAACUACAGAGGGCUGACUAUAGUUGGCUGGGUGGCAGUCUUUCUUGGUGUGUUCUCUCUCCUCCCAUUCUUUGUGAUGGGAUUGAUUGCUAUUCCAAGGAUUGAACCUUCAAGGUGGCUUGAAAUGGACUUGGGGAAUGUGGAUUGGGGAUUGUAUCUAAAUACACUGUUUUGGAACCUCAACUAUUGGGAUUCAAUUAGUACAUUAGCUGGUGAAGUUGAGAAUCCAAAGAGAACCCUACCAAGAGCGCUUUCUUAUGCUCUAGUUCUAGUGGUGGGAGGAUACCUCUACCCAUUGAUAACUUGCACAGCAGCAGUUCCAGUUGUUCGAGAGUACUGGUCAGAUGGGUAUUUUUCAGACAUUGCAAGAAUUCUCGGUGGCAUUUGGUUGCACUCAUGGAUCCAAGCAGCAGCUGCUUUAUCCAACAUGGGCAAUUUCCUCACUGAAAUGAGCAGUGAUUCUUACCAGCUUCUUGGGAUGGCUGAACGUGGUAUGCUCCCUGACUUUUUUGCCAAGAGAUCUCACUAUGGAACCCCGCUUAUUGGCAUCCUUUUCUCUGCCUUCGGUGUGAUCCUACUGUCCUGGAUGAGCUUCCAGGAAAUCAUCGCCGCCGAGAACUACCUCUACUGCUUUGGCAUGAUCCUGGAGUUCAUUGCCUUCAUCAAGCUUCGGGUGACCCAUCCGAACGCCUCUCGGCCCUACAAGAUACCUCUGGGCACCAUUGGUGCUGUCCUGAUGAUCAUCCCACCAGCUAUUUUGAUCAUUGUGGUGAUGGCCAUCGCAUCCUACAAGGUGAUGGUGGUGAGCAUCCUAGCGAUGGUCAUUGGGUUCGUGCUGCAGCCAUGCCUAGGGUACGUGGAGAAGAAGCGAUGGCUAAGGUUCUCCAUCAGUGCAGACCUGCCCGAUUUGCCUGAUGCACAGGAAACUGCUGAAGAUGAUGCUGUUCCGCUCGUGUUCUAA